UUCGAAGUUUAGUCCAGGACUGAAAUACACAAAAACUCCAGCUGCGGGAGAGGAGCGCCCAGAGAGGCAGAGACCCCAGACCGUACCCACCCCGGGGCACAAACUGGAUUCUAGCCGGCGCCGCCCGGCCCCUCCCCAGAGCAACUAAGGCGAGGCGCUGGAGCAGCAGACGGGGAAUCCCCGCCGGAGAGAUGGAUGAUGGUGAAUCUCCCCCAGGGGCAAAAGGCUCUACCGGGGCGAAGAGAUCCGAGCAGGAGCUUGUGAGAUGGGGGGGGGAAAUGGAGGAGAGAUGCAGCAGUCGGGCAGAGAGCUGCAAACGGCGUGAGCCAGGCGGGGAGCCGGGAGCAACCCCCCAUUGCGGCUCCCGAGGGCGGGGGGAGGAGGAGCUGUUAUUGUCUCCACUCACUCGCGGGGCAGCGCCCCCCACCGUGACGAGAGGCGGCGGCCGGGGCCGGCGGGUCACGUUCACGCGCGAGGCGCGGUCCGGACUCGCCUCCCGCCCGGGCACGGGAUCCCCCUGGCCGCGCUCCCCUCCCGGGGCAGAGCGGGGCGAGGGCGCUCGCGGAGCCGGACUUACCUGCGGGGACAAGGCGGCGGCGUCGCCCCGGGCCCACGCGUGUUGCGGGGUGCGGCGAGCUGCGUGCGGCGCUGGGCUCCGCCCGCGGGGCGGCGGCAGCGCCGUUCGGGUCCCCGGCGCUGGUGGCAGCUCGUCCCCUCCCCCACCCCCCCGUGGGGCUCAGUUCCGGGCCGCCAUGUUCUCGGUGGGUCUGGCGCAGACGGUUUCCCGGAUAUGGGCAGUUCCCGGCCACCUUUGCGCGUAUUCCCUGCUGCUCCCCCCGCCCCCCUGGAUUGGAAUGAAAGGCGCCGUUUCUGGUUGGCUGAUGCCUGAGGAUCCCGAUCGCCUCCCGGCCGCCCCCACUUCUGAGUGCAGAGUUAUGUGGUGCAUGCAAAAUAAUCUGAUGUAGCCAGCCAGGGCGGCGGCGUUCCGGGCAGGAAGGCCUCCGGGGAGCGGAGUCAUUUUGCACACAGUCACCUGUCUCUCCAACGCCACUGAAAUUCCGCUGCGGCGCAAAUUCCAUGCCUCGUACGAAACCGGUUCAGAAGGCUCCAUUGCCUCGGUGGUAAAUCAAACCCGGGUUGGCGCUGAGUGGGGGCCGAAGCAAGAGAACUCUAUGUCACUUUCUCUGCGGACUGUGAAGUUCCCCACGCGUCCUCUACCGUACGUCCCUCACCCCACACUUAGUCACAGCUGGCAGCAGGAGGGCAGACGGCCAUAUGGGGGAUUAAACGCGUCUUUAAUUAAUAAUAGCGAAGUGGCAUGUUUUGAAAUUUUGUCACAAGCUUUGCUACGCUUUCCUCUCUGCCAACACUGGCCGCAGCAAUAUUGCAGAGCACUGGUAACUACGGUUAAGGUUAAGAUUUUGUCAUGGUUAUUUUUAGUAAAAGUUACGGACAGGUCUUCAUAAUACACAAAAAUUAAUGGGAGCUAUGACCUGUCCUUAGUUAAAGUCACGAAUAACCGGGGCGGGGGGACAGCUGGAGCUCCAUGGCGGAGACUGAGAGCCCAAGUCCUACUGCAAGGGGGACUGAUAGCCCCACUGAAACAGGGGGCACACAGCCCUGGCCACUGCUUGUGGGGGGGCACACAGCUCCAGCUGAAGCCAAGGGUUAGGGGCUCACAGCCCCAACCAAAGACACAGGGUAGGGGUACACAGCUUUGGGCCCAGAGGCAGGGCAGCCCUGCUCGACCCUGGCCACAGCUAUGGGGAGUGGGGGGAGCACAGCCCUGGCUCCAGCCCCAGCUGAAGCCACUGGUUAGGAACACCCAGGCCCCAGCUCCGGCCACAGCAAUGGGCGGGACACAGCCCCAGCUACUGCCACAGCUGUGAGGGGGGCAUACCGCUCUGGCUCCAGCCGAAACAAACUGGUACAGUUACAGAAUUAUGACUAAAUCAUAUCCUUAACCAUGGUAGCAAAGUAGAUGUAAAUAGGCCUGAAAUAAUAGGUGCAAUUAAGUUACACGUUGAUCAUCUUUGCAUGAGACAAGCAAGCCCCUACUGGAGCACAGUACUUCACCUCUGAAUAACUGAGUGUCAAGGCUGAAGUACCUUAGAGACUAACAAAUUUAUUUGAGCAUAUUGUUAGUCUCUAAGGUGCUACAAGUACUCCUUUUCUUUUUGCGAAUACAGACUAACAUGGCUGCUACUCUGAAAGGCUGAAGUGCAUAACAUAUGGGCAUUGGCACCCCAUGUCGUUCUGGCCAGUUUCCUGAGCAGAUUGUAGCGCAUUUUGACUUUAGUCGCUAUCUUUGUAAGAUGGUAACGAUAUGUGAAAGUUCUAUCCAACGUGAUGCCUAGACAGACCGUGUGUGAAUCAUGCUUUGGUCUCUGACCAUUGAGAACUACAUUCAUCUCUGCCUGCUUGUGCAUGAUGUAAGUGAAAGGCACUCAACACACUCUUACUUCUACUUGGCAUCACCACCAA